AUGCUGAAGUGGAUUCAAGGUGGGAUUUCCGCUGUCACUGGGAUAGCCGAGCCAGAAUACGGUAAAGAGUACAUCCACACGUUGACGGAAAGAUUGGAUGGGAAACAGCCGUACUGUGUUGCUACACGCGAGGAUUUUUGUUGGAAGGCACCAGAGUUCACGAAUGUGGAGACCGCGACUUUCUACUUCAACAACUUGGAUUCUGGUGUGACCGGUUUUGCGCAGGUGAUCCACUCGAACCUGAUGGGUAUCCGCACCGCUGCGCAGUUUACCUUCAGGAUAUUCAAUACGAAGGAUCCAGAGGCGCUGAACUUGUGGACGUCGACGAAGCUGGAGAACUUCAGAGUGGAGGGCCCCAAUUUCUACGCCGAUGAUUUGUCCAUCGAACUGACCGACGACGAUAAGACGUUCCACGUGGUUUCCAAUGUAUGCGAACAGUCCAAGGUCGAUCUGUAUAUCACGAGACUAACCCCCGCUGCGAAGGCUGGUCCAGACCCUACUACUUACUACGGGGACAACUGGGAGGAGCCCUGGGGAUCCCUAAGACACAGCUUCUGGCCCAGAAAUAGAUGUCGUGGGACUCUCAACUUGAAGAUUGAAGUGCUUCAAGAUGAUGUUAGUGACGAAGAAGAAACUCAAGGUGGCGACGAAGAUGAAGAUGAAGAUGAAGAUGAAGAUGAAGAUGAAGAUGAAGAUGACGACGAUGAUGAUUCUUCUGAUGAUGAUGAUGACGAUGAUGACUACGAGGAGUCAACCAAGGUUUACAGGGAUGAAGUCAUUACUUUCGGGGAAAAUGAUCCAGCCUACUCAAUGUUUGUCUUGGCUUUCCAAGGGAUGAAACCUAACCACGCGGCGAAGGCAUGGAAUUUCGUCUACGUCCACACAAGGGAGAACAGUGCCGUUCUUAUGGAAUAUAUCACCCCGAAGUCAUACGGUAAUACUAAAGUCUCCGUUGGUAUUCUUACCAGUGACACCGAAAUUUUGAGUUUGUCAAUUAACAACAACUACGAACAUUUGGAGACAGAGGUCGACGAAGUCGGCUGGAGCGUUCCAAAGAAGAUUAAAGUCGAGUUUGCCGGGGUGUCGCCAGAGGUCACCGACGAGCAGAUUGCCGGCGGUGAGCUGAAGAAGGACGACGAAGUGUCUGCCGUUAUUGAAGGGCCCAUGACCAACUUGAUCGAGAGGAUCGAUGUCAUGGGAGAGAUCCCAGGGUUCGUCAAAAAUAUUGUUUCUGGGAUUGCCGGCACAAAACCAUACAUCUACCAGUACGCAGACGACAAGUUUACUCUGCAAGUAAACGGUGGUAAGAAAGUUCAGUGUUUGGGCUGGGCCGAAGUUACGUUCAUCUCCAAGUCUGAUGAGGUGAGCGCUGAAUCUUACAACGAAAACUAG